GCAUCAGUCCCAAGCCAAAAUUUUGGUUUUGUUUCGUGGAUACAAUUAAUCCAAUGUCAGUUCUUGCUCUGUUUCUCGGCAGAUCGAAAUGGUGAGACAGCCCUUAUCCAAGAGAGCUAACAAAUACCUAAGAAAAUUCAGGAAAUGGCCACACUCUCCUUACAAGACCUCAUGGCACCGCAACUUUGGUCAACAACAAGCCAUGCAAAAGCUCAAACAAGCAACCCUUGAAAUGGGUUUUUCCCAGGAACCCCAAACAGCUAACCUUCCCCACCCUUUUCUUCUCUCCACUCUCCUUGACUCAUUCAAAGCUUACAGCUGUGACCCAACUCCAAAAGCUUACUACUUUGUCAUAAAAACCUUAACCAACACCUCCCAGUUGCAGGACAUUCCUGCUCUCCUUGACCACCUGGAACACUUGGAGAAGUUUGAAACUCCAGAGUCCAUCCUUGUGUACCUUAUUAGGUUCUAUGGUCUUUCUGAUAAGGUCCAAGAUGCUGUGGAUUUGUUUUUCAGGAUCCCCAGGUUCAGGUGCACACCAACUGUUUGCUCGUUGAAUUUGGUUCUCUCACUGCUUUGUAGGAAGAGAGAGUAUCUCAAAAUGGUUCCCGACAUCUUGCUGAAAAGCCAGCAUAUGAACAUUCGCAUUGAGGAAUCGACAUUUCGGGUUUUAAUCAAGGCCUUGUGUAGAAUUAAGAGGGUGGGUUAUGCCAUUAAGAUGCUGAAUUAUAUGAUAGAAGAUGGGUAUGGUUUGGAUGAGACAAUUUGUUCUUCGAUAAUAUCAUCAUUGUGUGAACAAGACGAUCUGACCAGUGUUGAGGCUUUGAUUGUUUGGAGGGAUAUGAGGAAAGUGGGAUUUUGUCCUGGUGUCAGGGAUUAUACAAACAUGAUUAGGUUCUUGGCUAAGGAAGGGAAGGGUAUGGAUGCUUUGGAUGUUCUGAACCAGCAGAAACAAGAUGGAAUUAAACCCGAUGUUGUUAAUUAUACUAUGGUCUUGAGUGGGCUUGUAGCAGAGGGGGAGUAUGUAAAGUUAGAUCAAUUAUUUGAUGAAAUACUUGUGUUUGGAGUCGUUCCUGAUGUUUAUACUUAUAACGUGUAUAUAAAUGGUUUGUGUAAGCAGAAUAACAUAGAUGAGGCCUUUAAGAUUGUUGCUUCUAUGGAAGAGUUAGAAUGCAAACCAAAUGUCGUUACUUGCAAUACUUUAUUGGGUGCCUUGUGUUUAGCAGGGGAUUUACGUAAGGCAAGGGAGGUAAUGAAGGAAAUGGGGUGGAAGGGUGUUGGGCUCAAUUUGCAUUCAUACAGAAUCAUGCUUGAUGGUUUGGUUGCGAAAGGUGAGAUUGGUGAAGCGUGCUUUUUGUUGGAGGAAAUGUUGGAGAAGUGUUUGUUUCCUAGAUCUUCAACCUUUGAUAAUAUCAUCUUUCAGAUGUGCCAAAAAGGCUUGAUUGCUGAAGCAAUAGAAUUGACCAAGAAAAUUGUUGCGAAAAGCUUUGUUCCUGGGGCCAGGACUUGGGAAGCAUUGCUUCUUAAAUCAGGAUUCAAACAAGAGUUUUCAGAAACCACAUUUUUUGGUUUGUUGGGCCAAAAUUAAUUUUGGUUGUCAAACUGGCUCAGGUAACAGAACUGUUAUUGAAAGGACUCGCAUCUUGGAAGACAACCUAAACCAUAUCAGCAGUUAACUGAUACAUGAUGAAGUCAUCAAUCGGCAUAUGGAAAACAAACCUUUAACGGUAUGUUUGGAUAACGAAUUUUAAUAGGGUAAUUCAGUUUUUUAGCGAACUUUAGAAUGCUAUGUGGUAGAAUACUUUCUUUAGCUACUGUACAUGGAAAGAAUUUCAAAUUCUAGUAAUUUUAAAAGGUAUUUUUUUAUUAACUUCAGUUAUAGAAUUUCAAAUUCCACUUAAAAGAAUUUGGAAUUUUUCAUUUGCUCUCUCCGAAGCGUUUGUUCUUUCUCCCUUGCUACCUACCCUCUCUAGGUUCACAGCCCUUUGCUCUCUCUCCCUCUCUCUCUCUCAGACACACCGUUCAGAGCACUCUCUUUGCCGUUCAUGCAGUCAUAUCCGGUUCAUCACUGUUGAUGUUCGUUUUUGUGCAUUUCAUCUCUAUUAGAUAUGACAUUUGUUCCUUCAAUUUGUGUUUCGUUUUUUAUUUCAUUGUUUUGUGUUUCAAUAUUGAUCGCAUUGUAUGCUUGUGAAAAUCAACUCUAAUCUUGCUUCACUUGGCGCAAAUAAGAAUCGAUCGCCAACCAUUCCGUUUUUAUUUAGUCUAUACUUUGUUUAGUUUUUUCUUAUAGUACAAUCUCUAUUCUUUUUGUAUAAAUUAAAGAUAUCAAGUUUUCUUUAGCUGCAGCAGUAAUUUAUUUGUACUGAAUUGCUUUGCUAUUUGUGAAAGCUAUCAAGUUUCUUAGUUUGUUAGUCUUAUUGAAUUUAACCAACUUGUCAUAGGCCGGAAGUUACCACCAUUAAUGAUUGAUUAUGUGAGAAAAGAACUCACAUAAGAGGGACUUUGCUUUGGUGUUUUUCUUGUAAUAAAAGGGGCAUAUGAUUUCUUAAUAGAACGUACCAAAGUCACUUGUUAAAAAAAUUAAGAGAAAUUCUGUUUUUUUUUUUAAAAAAGAAAAUUCUCUAAGUAGUUGUGUUUUCUUAUUUUCGGGAGAAGAAGUUAUUUGUUUCUCCUUGGAUUUAUAUAAAGAAAUAUUGUAAUUUUAUUUCCUAUAAUAAAAUUACAUUUUUGCUUAUUGUCAAUUUUGAUUCUCAUUUUCAUCUUUUAUUUGAUGGAAGCUCCUUCAACCAAGUUGAUGAAGAUCCCUUGAUGAAGAUGAUGAAGACGGAAAGCAUGAAGAAUAGGAGAUUGAGUGGCAUGAUGAAUGGGUAAGUGAUGCAUCCUAGAAGGAGGUUAGGUCAAUCUUGAAGGAAAAGGUAGAAAAAGUCUAGAAAAGAGACAACUCCAAGAGAACUUAGAAAAAUGAAUGGGAAGAAAUCUCAUGAGGACUAUUCUGCAACACGUUUUCAUCUUCUUUUUCAGAGGGGAAACGCGUAAACGAAACCAAAUCAGUACAGCCUUAGCUAUAAUGAUUGAAGAGGUAGAGAUGAAUGCUUCUGGGCAAGUAACUAGACUAGUGAUUAAUCAAGAAGGUAUCACAGGCUGUAACAAUGUUUUUCAAAUGUGUGGGGUUCAACCGUUCGAAGUACUCAAGAUCAUCUCAGAGAAAGUAUCCAAGAUAAUAGAAGAGCUGUGCUGACAAUUUUCUCUACCCGAUCUUAGAUAAUCAACCAACAAUUUCGACGAUAGACACACAAUAUGCUCUUAUCAUGGAGUACACAAAGGUAGUCUUGAACAUAAUGGCGUCACUGAUUCGAGCCUGACCAUCACAGCUAAAAGCGACGAUGUUUACUCAUUUGAUAUUGUUCUAUUGAGUAUAUUAUCUCUGGAUGAUCUCUAUCUUAUAUCUAAACGAAAUAAACGGGAAAACAAAUUAAAGAAU